UAUUUUAUUGUGUUGAAAUAGAAUAUUAAGUGACAUUAAAAAUAAUAGCGCUGUAAUUAAGAGGAAUAAAGAAUUGAAGAGUAAUUAACGUGGUCCAAGUGUCCAAGGGGCUAGCUUUAAAUACAAGAAUACAAGGUUGAAGACGAAGACAGAAGAAAAGCGAAGAAAGAAAGUUUGCAUCCACAUCUCUUAAAGUUUGAUAAAUUAAAGACAGCUAAAACGGGUCUCCCUCUGUGGAUGCUUGGUUUAGGUGCGGACCUCUUGUGGGCCGACAUGAACCGUCUCCUUGCCUUUCUCUUCCACCAGGGAGUGUUGGAUGAACAAUUCUUGCAGCUUCAGCAGCUGCAAGAUGAGACAUCCCCUAACUUCGUCUCCGAGGUUGUCAACAUUUAUUUCCACGAAUCCGAAAAGCUUCUCACCAAUCUCAGAGCUUUGCUGAUGGAGAGAGAGUUCUCGGACUAUAAGAAAAUGGGGAUCCAUUUGAAUCAGUUCAUGGGUAGCAGCUCAAGUAUUGGAGCCAAGAGAGUCAGAAACGUUUGCGUUGCCUUUCGUGCUGCUACUCAACAGAAUAACCGUGCUGGAUGCUUGCGCGCCUUGGAGAUGUUGGAGCAUGAAUAUUGCUAUCUCAAGAACAAGUUGCAUGAAUUAUUCCAAAUUGAGCAGCAACGGGCUUUGGCAGCAGGAGUUAGGUACCCGGCGCAGAAUUAAAAGAAAGCAAAUGAAAUGAUGUGCCAAAUAUUUUUGGUGUUUCUGGUUUCAUAAGGCCAAGGGCACGUCUUUCCGGUUUUAGACAGACCAAGCUUUUGUACUUGCUUCUGUAGGGAAUGCAAAAAAGGGAUCACCGUCUCUGCCGUUUUGGAUUCUCUAGUGUACGUAGUGCCAUCAUGCUAUGCUUUGCUUCGCUGUUCACUUUUUCAACUAAAGUGGACCAAAUCUAUUCAAACUUCCUGCUGUUACCCUAUUACUAUUCAUAUAUAUAUACAAUUUGUGUCGUCCUCUUUGUAUUA